AUGAGUGCAAGUGACAUUCUCAAGCAGAUCAAAGACAACGAUGUGAAGUUCGUCGAUCUGCGUUUCAGCGAUCCGCGCGGCAAGCUCCAGCACGUCACCAUCGACUGCAAUGUCGUCGAUGAAGACAUGUUCGCCGAUGGCAUCAUGUUCGACGGCUCGUCCAUCGCCGGCUGGAAGGCGAUCAACGAGUCGGACAUGAACCUGAUGCCCGACACCGAAACCGCGCACAUGGAUCCGUUCUAUGCGCAGUCGACCAUGGCGAUCUUCUGCGACAUUCUCGAUCCGGUAUCCGGAGAGGGAUACAAUCGCGACCCGCGCAUGACCGCAAAGCGUGCCGAGGCCUACGUCAAGUCCGGCGGCUUCGGCGACACGGCCUAUUUCGGCCCCGAGCCGGAAUUCUUCAUCUUCGACGACGUCAAGUUCAAUUCCGAUCCCUACGAUACCGGCUUCCAGCUCGACAGCAUCGAACUGCCGACCAACACCAAUGCCGAAUACGAGACCGGCAACCUGGGCCACCGUCCGCGCACCAAGGGCGGCUACUUCCCGGUCAACCCGAUCGACAGCGCCCAAGACAUCCGGUCGGAAAUGCUGACCGUUCUGGCGGAAAUGGGCGUUGCGACCGAAAAGCACCACCACGAAGUGGGUGCGGCGCAGCACGAACUGUCCAUGCUGUUCAACACGUUGACGCGCAAGGCCGACGAAGUGCAGCUCUACAAAUAUGUGGUGCACAAUGUCGCCCACGCCUACGGCAAGUCGGCCACCUUCAUGCCCAAGCCCGUCUUUGGCGACAACGGCACCGGCAUGCACGUCCACCAGUCGAUCUGGAGCGACGGCAAGCCGCUGAUGGCGGGCGAUGAGUAUGCCGGCCUGUCGGAAACCGCGUUGUUCUACAUUGGCGGCAUCAUCAAGCACGCCAAGGCGCUCAACGCCUUCACCAACGCCUCGACCAACUCCUACAAGCGUCUGGUGCCGGGCUUCGAAGCACCGGUUCUGCUCGCCUAUUCGGCGCGCAACCGCUCCGCCUCGUGCCGCAUCCCGUUCUCGGGCUCGCCGAAGGGCAAGCGCGUCGAAGUCCGCUUCCCGGACCCGACUGCCAACCCCUACCUCGCCUUCGCGGCGAUGCUGAUGGCUGGCCUGGACGGCGUGAAGAACAAGAUCCAUCCGGGCGAAGCCAUGGACAAGGAUCUGUACGACCUGCCGCCGGAAGAACUCGAAGGCAUCCCGACGGUCUGCGCUUCGCUGCGCGAGGCCAUCGAUUCACUGCGUGCCGACAGUGACUUCCUCAAGGCGGGCGGCGUCUUCGACGACGACCAGAUCGAGGCCUAUCUGGCACUCAAGGAGGAAGAAAACAUCCUCUUCGAGCAGAUGCCGCACCCGGUCGAGUUCGACAUGUACUAUUCGGUCUGA